UUGCAGCACUGUUCGAGGGCAGAGUUGAUUUUUCCGUAGCAGUUUUUUCCACUUGCGGAUUUUCCGUUGUGCGCGUGUUUUUUGCUCGUUUCAGCUGCAUUUGCGGCUGCUGCGCAACGCCGGCGAAUCGAGAUGCUAUUGGCCUAGUCCGCACUCACUUGCGAAGCCAGUAUUUUUCCAGAGCCCGAUGGUAUUUUGUGACGUUAGCGCUGCGGUCACACUGGAAUCGAGUUUUUGGGAUUUGGCGUUUAGCGAAGAUUUUUUGUGCUAAUUUUGUGCAGAAAUCGACACAGCAGCCGUUAUAAUUGGGAACAAGUGGGAGCCCGAGCUGUUACACCUGGCGGAAAUAAAGGGUAACAUAGUAAAAUAGAAGCGACCAGCAGCAGCGAAAUGAACAAGGCUGACGUCAACCGUCGUGUUUUGGCCAUUCAGGCGAAGAAGAAGCGCCAUAAGAACAGGAAGCGGGGCAAGCAGAAUGGCACUAACCCACAGGAGCAGUCGAAUUCCGGCCAGAACCAGAAUCCCAACCCCAGUUCCAACCCCAAUCCCGAUCCGAAUCCGGAACCGGAACCGAAUCGGAGCAGCGACAACUUGCAAGCACCGGAUAAUGCUAAUAAUAGCCAUUUGAAUGCGCCCGUUUCGGCCGCAUUUAGCAAGGUCACUGCAACUGCUACGGCCUCCACAUCCAGCGGAGGAUCAGCAGGCACUCCCGAUCAAUAUCAGCCAUCCAAAGCGCAGGCCAAGUCGAAGUCCGGUACAAAGAAGGAGCAGCUGCAGCAGCCGCCACGGAGCAGCUCCAAUGAGUCCUAUGAAUCCGAGGUGUACAGCGACAACGAUGAGCAGGAGCUUAAGGAGGACUACUGCAAGGGUGGCUACCACCCCGUGAACAUCGGUGACCUGUUUCAGGGUCGCUACCACGUCAUCCGAAAAUUGGGCUGGGGCCACUUCUCUACUGUUUGGCUGUGCUGGGAUCUGCAGGAAAAGAGCUAUGUGGCAAUUAAAAUUGUCAAGUCGGCACCCCACUUUGCGGAGACGGCAAGGGACGAGAUAAAGAUACUCAGGACGGUGCGCGAGACAGAUCCGUCGAAUCCACGCCGACACAAGACUGUCCAGAUGCUGGACGACUUUAAGAUCACCGGCGUUAAUGGCACCCAUAUUUGCAUGGUGUUCGAGGUGCUUGGUGACAAUCUACUAAAACUCAUCCGCAAGUCCAACUACCGCGGGAUCCCACUGGCCAACGUCAAAACGAUUACCCGCCAGGUGCUGGAGGGUCUUGACUAUCUUCACACGUGCUGCCAGAUCAUCCACACGGACAUAAAGCCCGAGAAUGUCCUCCUGUGCGUGGACGAGCCUCAUGUACGCUCACUGGCCACUGAAGCCACCCAGUUGUAUUGCAUGAACUCAAAGAUGUACCCCUCAUUGGUGAGCCAGGCGCCCAAGGAGUACCGCGAGCCACCUAUCACUGGCAAAAUGAGCAAGAACCGAAAGAAGAAGCUUAAAAAGAAGGCCAAGAAGCGCAUGGAGCUAUUCAAAAAGCAGAGAGACUACUUGGAGCAGGCUGGUGGUCAAGGGACCAUCAAUCCUAAUGAGGUGCAGAACGGCGAUGCUGCAAUCUCCGAUGUUGACGAGUACUUUGAUGCGAACUCUACGGAGGACAACGUGCACGUGGCCGCUGGGCAGCCACCACGUAAGCAGAGGGAGGAGCGCAAGGCGCCCCUGGAGCAAAGUGAACAGGCACAGGAGCAGGAACCGAUGACUGAGGGCGCUGAUAAAGCCAAAAAGAAGAAGAAAAGGAAGAACAAAAACAAAUCUAACCAAUCACAAGCGCAACAGCCGCAACAACUGGAAAACUCUACGAGCAGCGGCGAGAGCAGCAGUGCUCUCAAGAGUCACCAGACAAAUGGCAGUAGUAGCGUUACCAAUAGUAACUCCAACACCAAUUCAAGCGGCACUUUGAAAGGACAAUCAAACGGCAAAAAAAUGCCAUUGCGACCCAAGCAGGAGAAACAAUUGGAAAAGCAGCAGCAGUCAUCCAAUCAACAGCUGAACAACAACAACUCUAACUCUAAGCCUAACUCGAACAGCGAUUCGAAAAUCUCAAGCGGCUCCGUGGAGAACUCAUCCUCGGCCACAAAUGGACCGUAUUCGAAGCCCAUGCUGCCAACACCUCCUCCGCCACCGCAAGCAAAGCACAAGGCUAGACGGGAUCCGGCAUUGGAGGAGUGCAGUGUCUACGUAAAGAUCGCCGAUCUGGGCAACGCUUGUUGGGUGGAUCGCCACUUCACCGAGGACAUUCAAACGCGCCAAUAUCGGUCGCUAGAGGUGAUUCUCGGUGCGGGCUACAACACGUCUGCGGAUAUCUGGAGCACUGCAUGCAUGGUGUUCGAACUGGCCACCGGUGACUAUCUAUUUGAGCCACACUCCGGCGAUACUUACUCCCGCGACGAGGACCAUCUGGCCCACAUCAUCGAGCUGCUGGGCCCCAUACCGCGCCCGAUUCUGUUGCGCGGCAAUUAUUCGCAGCAGUCGUUUAACCGUAGCGGCGAGCUACGAAAUAUCUCUGGCCUGAAGCCCUGGGGCCUAAUGGACGUUCUUCUGGAGAAGUACGAGUGGUCGGAAAGUGAGGCGGCGUCAUUCGCUUCGUUCCUUAAGCCCAUGCUCGAGUUCGAUUCGAACAAGCGAGCCACCGCCGCGGAGUGUCUGCAGCACCCGUGGCUUAGAUAAGAUACGAUGCAACCUGGUUGUUGGCUGCGUGCCACCCAGCCAGCAACAGCAGAUGGAGGGGGAGCAGGAGCAGGUGCCGGAGCAGGAAAAGGAACAAGAGCAAGAGCAGCAGCAGCACUAAAAGCUGGAUCACCGGCAGUAACAGCCGAUGGAGAACUUGGCGGGGGCUAUAUAGAAUCUUCGGCAUCGGUGGCUACUUUGGCUUCCAUCUCAUCAAUAGCUUCCACAUCGGCGGCAGCAAUGGCGGCGCUGAAGGCCCGUCCUUAUCUGGUUGCACCCUUUGUAACCACAGCCUCAGCACCACCCACUCCACAGCCCCACGCAUCCAAUUCGACUAGCACGGCCCACACAGCGCCAGCCACACCUACACGUCGUCGCCUCGCUCCCGAAGAGGAUUUGGACUUGGUUGAGGACUUUGAUGUGGCGCUUGCUCAAAUAGAGGAGCCGCAGGCACACACCAAGAACAAAUCGCAGCGCUUUUUCUGGCGCAAGGCACUCCGGCGUGUGUUCCAACGCCGCAAGUGACGGCGUCGCCGGCAGGACUUGCCCCGCUGGCAUCGUCCCGCCCGACGCUGUCGUCGUCGCAACCUGGCCGAGCGGGUGAGGCGCAUCUGCGCCUGCUGUGCCUACGGCCAGAUCCUGCUGCGUGCAGCCCGCGUGGCCCUGCUCAGCUGCAUCCGCUGGCGAACCCGUGGCAACAUACGCAACAACAACUUUUACUUCAGCAACCACUAAAGCAUCUGCAGCCAGUAAGCCAGCCAGCCAAUCAACCAAUCAACCAGCAGUCGCUAAUCUCCGUGCUCCAGCUAACUCGAGUAACGUUUAAUGUUAAUGAAUUACCAUUCGAUUUAGUUUUACUCACGCCAGCGCUUAAUUUAUUUCUUGUGUUUUACAUCGACAAUUAGACUAUUUUUGUUGCUACAUAUGAAAUUAUAAUAUUGUAUUACCGCCUACACGAACACGUCCCCACGAAUCCUGUACAUAGGGUCGACAGUGCUCGAUCCCAUUAUUCAUUUUAAUUCAAGCGACGCAUAAGAGAGCGAUAGUAAAGCAUGAGCAUAUAUAGGCAUAUAUCUGUUACUGUACAUUUACCUAAGAGGCGAAUCGGCAAAUACACAUAUAUAGCGUACAUAGUUAAAUGAAGUGGAGUCGUUGCAUCGAUGGGUGUCCCACUCGCGCCAUCGUCGAUUCGAUGGACUUGUGAGGCAGCGCAUCUGGAUUUUUUUAAGCAUAUGUAUAUGUACAUGGAUGCAGAAACUUGAGCUGAACAUAACAAUAAUGAGAACGUAGUUAAUUAGUUUAUCCUCGGCUUAGUGAUCGACAUGAACAAUUUGAAAUGGCAUUAGUAACUAUUAAAAACGUAACCUGAAAUAGGAAAGCGAAUGCACUACCAACAACCACAAGUGAAACAAAUCCUUACCCUUAAUCGGAACUAAUAAGCGUAUAAAUACAAUUAAAGUAGCCGCCACAAACAAAUCGUAUUGUUCAACAUUAAAUAGUAGCGCAAGCGCAAAAUAAUUGCAGCUUUAUCAAAUAGAUAAAUGUUCAAGACACAGACACACCAAAUUUGGCACUUUAUCAGUACUAGAGCCACACAAAAUUUAUGGGAUUCUUCUUGACCACUCUUAACACAAGCAUAAACACCUAGAGGCCACUUUAGUUUUGGCCAGGAGUUAGAGCGAUUUUUUCAGGAUAGAAACGCAAGGCAAAAGUGAGGGAUUAUCAGAAACGCGAUAAGUGGUGGGCCGGGCAGGGGAUGUGUGCAUAACUGACUAAUGACUAUUACGAGUACGUACACACAUAUAUAUGGAUAAGUGGCCUUAUUAAUUCGGUUCUCCGCACCACACAAUGCACCACAAUUACCACACGCACCCAACAAGCUAACUUAAAACCACAAAACGAUUCGAAACCCAGAACCACAGCCAAUCUGAGAAAGCUAUUGCAAAACACAAUUUACGCUGCGCGAACUAAGAAGUUAAAGAAUUAGGUAUGAAUAUUAUGGUAACUCGAGCUGACAUUAUUGUAACUAGACAGUCUAGCCAGCUAGCAUGCAUAUAUCAAUCUAAAAUUAAACUAAAUGUGUCCAGGAUCAAGGAGAACUAAAGAAUGAAUAAGGCGGUUCUAAGUAGUAGCCCAAAAAUCGAUCUUCGACGUUGUCAUCAUCAACUUAAUCAUAACAUUAAAGAAAAUUCAAUAAUCUUCGGCUGGCCGAUGUUUCGAUAUAAAAAAAAUACUUACGCAUAUACUCUUUGAAAAUCGCCCAGACUUCCGAACGAAGCUAUGUACUAAACUUGGUAUCACUGGUGGAAAAUCCUGGUGGACAGUAGCCCAGCACGGAUGACCACUUUUAAAUGAUAAAUGAAUAAUUGAAUAACCAGAAUCAGGAACCCAGCUGCCGAAUUGCAAUUCCAGUAUGUUCUCACGCUUUCAAAGAGUAUAAUUAUGAAUUAUACGAUACGAUACAUAAUUUAUUGAUGUAGUUAUAAACAAAAUAAACAACAAAUUACACAAAUUGGAAAACAA